CACAUGCGAACGGGUCGUCUCGAGUCAUGCAAUGUCGGAGGGUAGAAGGAUAAGGAUGUGAUGAGAUGGAAGUAACUGUUGUCGCGGGAAAACGCUUAGCCGGCAGAUGUGUGGGCUUGUUGCAUGUAGAAACGUCUUUCCAGCUGCAAUUCUCCUCGGAAUCUAUCUCCUAGCCAGGCCUCUUUCCACACGAAUGUUUCCCUCUGUUUUUUGCCUUUUUGAGUCUUUAUUUUUAUUAUUAUUUUUCUUUGUCUUCCAAGUGGGUCCAAUGACGGAAAACGGCAUCGAUAGACGUUCGGACUUCGGAUCAUUCCAUACCGACAUGGCGAUCGGAGUGCCAAGACACCUGACGUAAUUGUGCCUUAUUGUCCCGUCGAGUGGAAACAUCUCAUCACAA